AUGAGCUUCAACAACAAAGAAAUCUUGAUUAGCUAUUCUGAUCAAUAUAGAGAUGAUUAUUAUAAUUACAUGAUCGUUUAUCUUGAUCAAAAAAUAUCUGAAAAGAUCCCAAUAGAUAAGAGAGGGUUUUUGCUAAGAGAACCAGAAUGGAGAGAAUUAGGAAUCAAAUUAUUCAAAGGUUGGUUAAAUUAUGAUGUGCACUAUCCAGACCCCUAUAUUCUAUUUUUUAGGAAGAGAGUAGACCCAAGGAUUUAGGAGAGGAAAAUUUAAUAAGCACAAUGA